AUGGUGACUACCGGGCUCUUCUUUGGCCUCGGAGACAUCAUUGCUCAGUCGUUGUUUCCGCACACUAUCACUACAACCAAAACAGACAAAGACGGGUAUGAAGUUGAAGUUACGGAAAUUAGUGAAUACACUCCAGAAAGAACCAUGAGAGCAAUGAUUUACGGCUCAAUAUUUUUUGCACCCAUAAGUGUUUUAUGGCACGGGAAAACGCUUCCCAAGAUGAAAAACCCAUUCAUAAGCAUGGUCAAGAGAAAGAUGAUGGAGACAAAGAGUAGAAAAAGGUUGCAUUUUUAUGACACUGUCUUUCGCUUGGGUGUUGAUCAAUUGCUUUUCCCAGCUUUUGUGUGGAUUCCACUUUACAACACAGUCAUGGUGAUGCUAGCACAACAUGAGGAUCCAUUUGGUGUGAUUCGCAACAAGCUAGAGAAUAACUGGUGGACGGUACUUCGAGCUAAUUGGACGGUAUGGCCAGGGUUUCAACUAGUGAAUCUUUAUUUCAUCCCGGUACAUUUGCGAAUCGUUUGCGCAAAUGUUUGGUCUACGGGGUGGAAUACGUUCUUGAGCUUUGUACAUAAUACAAGGGGCCAUGGAAAGGGAAGCGGAAAGAGACUAGAGGAAUUGGUGGAUAUUGAAGAUGAUGAUCAGGAAAUCGUAAUGGUAUAUGAUUAG